AUGAUUUGGACGACGCAAAUUCUUCAACGACAGUCGAGACGUAUUCUCGCUAAUCAUAGUAUCAAAGGUACUUGUUUGACUCGUCGCUCCUACAGAACCCAAUCGGCUGUGAAGACGUAUUUAGAAAUAUGGAGGGAAGAACAAGGGGAUCAAGUGAAGCCCUCUUACGUCAGAGGCCUCGUCGAAGAUCUUCGUUUAACUGAACAGUUUUCUAAAGCCCUUGAGGCAUCAGAGUGGAUGUGUGAACAAAGGAUAUUUAAUGUGUUUCCGGAAGAUUAUGCAGCCCGGCUUCAUCUGGUUGAGACUGUGCUUGGUUUGGAAGAAGCGGAGAAGUUAUUUGAUAGCAUCCCCGAAAACAUGAGAGUACUAGAUAAAGCUGAGGCCACGUUUGAGAAGAUGAGAGAUCUCGGUUUCCUCUCGAAACCUUCCCCAUACAACUCGAUGGUUUCUCUCUACGGUAAGCUCCAGAAACAAGACGUGGUCAAGAAGCUUCAACGUGAAAUGAUGGAGAAGAAUAUAAAAAUCGAUGAACCCAUUAGGAAUAUUAAUGUUUUGAGAAUAUUGAAGGAUAUAAGAAUUGAAAUGGAUGAUGUACAAGAAGCAGAGAUGAGAUAUAAAGAGUGGCACAUGGAAGAUACGGGACCGCAGCUGGAUAUGAGCGUACCAGGUUUGCUGAUUUCUCGGUUUCGUGCGGAAGGGAAUGAAUCCAAGGUUGAGGAAAUAGUUGAUUCGAUAAGAAGGAAGAGAAAUAUGAUGCAUUUAGAGAAGUUAGCAAUAGGUUUGGUCUUCUUGGGAAUGACUGUUGGCGUGCUUGCAGUUUUGGUUGCCACUAUGGUCGCCGUUGUUAUUUGCAAUGUGUGGCUUUUAAAUCAACUAGACGUAGAUGUUAAAAACAACAACUAUUACAGUAUAUGA